AACCUAAUUGGGGAGAUUUGAGAGAGUCGAUUGUGAAAUUCUUCAAUUUGGAUUUCUACUAGGGCACAACUUUGAAGGAUUUGACGUUUCCUAUUCCAAUUGCUUUACUAAGCCUGCGUUAAUUCAUUUAGAGGAGCGUGUUUGCGGAGCUGACAAUGAACAAUAGCGACAAGAAGAAGAUGAAGAAGAGGAAAGCUUCAAUCGAUGCCAGAGUUGAUGCUGAGACUGUUGAAAUGAAAGAUGCAACACCGAAAACAAGCGGAGGAAAGAAAAAGAGUGAUAGAAAGAGAAACAGGAGCGCGGCAGCUGGAAGAGAUGCUGAAAACAUUGUUCCUAGCGUUACUGCCGGAAUUGAAGAUGCAGUUUCUGAUAGAGAGCCAAGUGAGGCGAAAUUGCUGAAACAGAGGAAAAAGAAGAGGAAAAAUGUUGUGAGUAUUAGCCACAUUGAUGAAUCCAAUGGCCGAAAUGAUGCUUCGGAAGAAUGCAAUGAUUCUAUAACCAAAGAACAAUUUUCAGUUUCUGGAAAAAUUAGCAAGGGUGAUUCUGUAAGGAAUGGCAAGAAAGGUAAGUCGAAAAAUCGUGAAAGUAAGAAAAAGAAAAGGCAGCUAGUGUCAAAUAAUGUAACCUCGGAUGAUUUGCUGGAAACAAGAGAAGAAAAUGCAGAAGAUGAAGUUUAUCAGAUGUCUUCAGGCGAUGAAGAUUACUCUAAAGGAAUGAAAAAAUGGAUCACACACUAUCAUCAGAGUAGACCUGGACUGAAUGUUCUGCAAGAGAGGAUUGAUGACUUCAUAAUGGCUCACGAGGCAAGAGAGGAGCAGGCUAAAGCAGAGAAGCUGGCCCAAGCUGCAGAAGGUGGAUGGACUGUUGUUGUGCAUCAGAAAGGUCGUAAGAAGACGACUGAAUCUGAGAGUGGAAUCGCUGUUGGUUCUGUGGCCCAAGCUGCUGUCCUAGACAAGAUGGGAAAGAAGAAAAAGAAGGAAGUUGGCCUAGAUUUCUACCAGUUCAACAGAAGGGAAGCACACAGAAACGAGAUCAUGAUGCUGCAAAGCAAAUUUGAGCAGGAUAAAAAGCGGAUACAACAGAUGCGAGCUGCGAGGAAAUUCCGCCCCUAUUAACUGCUUACGCCUCAAGUUUCAGAGAUAAUGUUUGGAUUUUAAGUUUUCGCUUGUUGUAGAUUUAAGGUUGGGUUGAGUUGAGUUGUAUGAAUGGAGUUAGAGAUUUAUAGGUUCACUCUGGAAAGCAUUGUUGUAGCUGCUUCACCUGUACCAAUUGGCUCUGAAGAUGUACUGAUUUAUCUGCGCAGGAACAUACAAUUCGAAUUUUAAAGAGAGAGUUUGAAAACA